AUGGCAAGCCCAAAUUCAAGCUGGGCGGCGCCUUCACUUGCCCGCUAUCGGCCUGCUAUUCUAGCUUUGACCGCCCUUGCUGCAGGAUGUGCCAUUUACUAUAUCCGUGAGCAGAUAUGGUCUUCGUCGAUAGCACCAAAAGUGUCGCUGCAACGUUCAAAUGCGCGUAGGCAACGGCACCGUCCACGCAGAGAAUCAAGCGCUAGUGUUUUCAAUUAUCUAUCUCCUGGACCUACUGAGAGAUCGAGAUACGUACCGGAUGUUCCCUGGGGUACCGUCCCCGUGUCUCUGGACUUCCUUGCAAAUGCGGCUUUCGACCAGGAGACAUUCGGCGAUCACUUAUUUAUCUCCUCGGCUAGCAAUACAGCCCGCAUUGUUACCCCACUACGUCGUUGUAUGCCUUUGGGGCAGGACAUUCGAGUGGCCGCUGCCAGUGAUGAGGAAGCAUCGACCGUUAGAAGAGAGCUAGAGGAGGCUUUUCUGUGUUUCUAUUUCUGGAAGCAUAUUGCUCCGAGUCCUGUUACAGAAGAACAGUGGAGCUUGAUCAUUUCUCAACUUGAAGAGAAUGGCGGCUUCUCAGCUGAGACCAUUACUACCGCGUUGCAAUGGCACCAAGCGGGGAUACUUACAGAACGCAUCGAGUGGUGGGAGCGGCUUAUUGAAUACAGAUGUCGAGGUCGUGUAGAUGAAGGGCAGUCCCAUCAGCAGGACCCCAUCAAUGGCGACUUGGCAUCGACAAUGCAAACCCUCGAAGGACGGGAGACGGUCGCAGACGUUGACAGCGAACAUUCCUGGCGUGAGGAGAGUGGGACCAGUGACGGCCAAGAUGACGGCAAGGAAGGUCAAAACCUCGGUAACCUACUAUGGCGCAUAGCCGAGGAGCAGGCACGUAAAGAAAGCUACGUUCAUCGCGGAGUCACAUGCAAUAGCUGCAAUGCCAUGCCUAUAAAAGGAAUACGGUAUCGUUGCUCUAAUUGUGUGGACUUCGACCUGUGCGAAUCAUGCGAAGCUCUGCAGAUACACCCAAAAACUCACCUCUUUUACAAAGUGCGGAUCCCAGCACCUUUUCUUGGCAAUUCGAGGCAGACCCAACCCGUUUGGUAUACUGGCAGGCCAACCACCGUGACGUACAGCAUUCCCAAAGAGAUUAUGGAGAAAAUCCAGGGGGAGACUGGUUAUCAAUCUGUGGAAAUUGAGGCUCUUUGGGAGCAAUUCAGAUGUCUGGCAGCGACCGAGUGGGAUGACGACCCCAGUGAAUACAACCUAGCAAUCGACAGAAGGACGUUUGACAAAUGCUUCGUACCAAACACAUCGACGCGCCCUCCACCUCCAAAUUUGAUUUACGACCGCGCCUUCUCCUUCUACGAUACGGACAAUGAUGGAUUGAUUGGGUUCGGAGAAUUCAUCCAUGGACGUGCAGCUCUUACUAGUAAAAACCCUGGUGAACGUUGGAAGCGAGUUUUCAAAGGCUACGAUAUCAAUAAUGACGGCUUUGUUGAUCGCCGAGACUUCCUGCGAAUGUUCAGAGCAUACUAUGCGCGUACUAAAGAGCUCACGCUGGAUAUCGUCAACGCAAUGGAGGACGACGUCUCCGAAAAUGGAGCUAGGGAUAUCGUCCUCGGUAGCCAGCCCAUCAGCUCGGCAUUCUCUGGCGCUAUCCCGCCGGGUGAGCGAUCAAGAACAGGGGAGGGUAAAAGACAAGAUGAGUACGGUGAUUAUCAAAUCCAUGACGACAUUGGAGGGGCUGUUGAUGAUCGAGACCAUGGGGUGGCGAAUCCCGAUGAAGUACUCGCCGAUUCCACCGAAGCAGCCAGGUUUGGGAACACUCAACGGAAGGGAAUCAUUGGGCCCUGGAUUGGAGAUCUUAUCAAGAACGACAAAUGGCCUCCUGGGGCCAUUAGCCGCAAGGACCUCCAAAAGGUGUUCCCGCAUCUGAACGAGCUAAAAGACGUAACUAGCGUCCAGGAUCAGAAUGCCGUUCGACGCGCCGCUCAUAAAAGGGUCGCGAGAGAGCAUCAAGAACGUCAAUUCGUCCGACGAAUCGCCCUUCGCAACAGGAAACAGAGGCAGUCUUUCUAUCUCGAUGGCGGAGACGCUGCUAAGGAAGAGAAACAAUCAGAAUCUGAAGACGAAGGCAAUGCUGCUUCACGGCGCAAGAAUGACAAGUCACGAAAGGACGAUCUCGUACGUAUCUUAGGAUCCAGCAAAGCCGGCGAGUUCCGUACGCGUUUGAUUGAAUGCAUUGAAGCUAUGGAUUGGCCUCUAGAGUCUUCAGAAAAGUUGAUUAAUGUUGUCUUUGAGAUGAUCUUUAAUGAGUGGGGCGGUAAAGAAAUCGCCGAGGACUUGUCGGGAUAUGGGUCACUUCAGCAUGAUGCUAUUGACUUCGUUGCAACAUUUGAUUCGCUCAUCAGCCUCAUGAGCGAUGCGAUCAAAGUUCCGGGUCCUCAAGAAUCGGCAGACGAGCAACGCAAAUCUCUUCCGUCGUCGUCUUCACGUCGGUCGCGCUCAUCAUCAAAGGUCCGCUUUCGAGACGACGUAGGUACCGACGACGAGCACGAAUCUCGAUCCAGAGCAACAUCGAUCUCUUCACGUAGUAUUCCCGUGAACGAACGCUGGGGCGGUUUUGUACCCGAGCCUGACAAAGAUGUUGGUCGCGAAGUGCUCUACCAGGUCACACAAGAAGCACUCAACGAGCUGCUUGACCCUGUUUUCAGGUUGAGGGAAGACCUCGCGCUUGCGGCGGUUCGUACGAGGCGCAUGAGAGACCGGCAUCGGGCAGAAAUUAUCGCUUUCGUGAAGGACCCCAGGGACAUUAAAGAGCAUAUGGAUAUCUACCAGAAGCGGUGGCGUCUCAAACAACAAAGUUUGCAAGAGGGCUAUCUGGGUAUCCAAGAGAUCGAAGAGACAUUCGGCGCCGAUGAAUUCCUCGCAUUUAUGUCACGAACAGAAGCAGGCGAACUAGAUAGUCAAACUGGGGAACGAUGUUCUCGGUGCAAAGUAUCGGGAGUUGAGUCCUGGAUCUGGGCCGGCCGGUUUUGCACUCAAUGCGGUAAACCCUCUGCAGAGGCAGUAAGGUUUACGGCGACCAGUCCUAAGGACCCGCCGGUUGCUUGUCCUAGUUGCGGUAGAGGGAUGCCGGCUUCUGCUAACGGCUGCAGCAGUUGCGGUGCUACUUUACAGAAAGUCAUUGAUGAAACGGAAAAGUUGUGGAAGGUUCUGCGUGGGAGCCAAGGAAAUUCGGACCGAGAAGUCAUGCAAGAGGAAGGGGAGCUCAAAAAUACGCCCAAUGAAGACCCCGAAGCGCUCGAAGAUCUUCACAUCUCCGUCACAGCGUUCAACGAGGCCAAUUCCCCAGCUCUAGAAGAGACAAUCGCCCAGAAGCCUCUAGAGGACCUCCUAAUUGAAUCAGGCUACGCUGCCACCUCUUCUAGCAACCCUUAUAGCACCCUAUCGCAACCACCAGAUCCGACACUCCCACAGAAUAGACCCGAUGGAACCCUUGAAGUUCCCACGAACCUCCAACUAGACGGCGCCAGCGACAUUGCAACUUCAGUAUCGGCCUCUUCUCAACACAGUCUCCAUACAGAACAAGCACGGAUUCCGACCGUGCGUUCGGGUGAACCUCCCAAAUCUCCAACCCCAGACCCGACACUGCCCCAGAAUCGACCGAACAGCCUCACCACACCUUCGGCCAAAUCCAACAAGGACACUCCUACCUCCACCUCCACUCUCGAACUCACACCUAAAGUAACCACGAACGGCGUCCUGUCCGAUCACCACUCUGGCCAAGACCAGAACCCCGACGAUAAUGAUGAUGCUCUAGCGGAUCCCAACACAUUAAUGUACUAUGCUGCGCUGGAUAUACUUGAGGCAGAGGAUAAAGAACGCGGUGGACCGGGUAGACUGAGCUUCGCUGAGUGGGAAGACAUUAUGAGGGGAGAAAAGGGACAAGCGCUAGGAUUCCUAGGAAGCUGGAUUGAGAUCGCGAGCUUUUAA